UUGUACAACGUCCCUUCAAAUUUUGGACUAGUCCUAGGGUUACUUUCGGUCAUUCCAGGUGGCAAUAUGGAAGGGAGCUUUCCGAAACGGCAUCUUGCUCUGGAUAAAACACCGGUUAGAACAAGAACUUGACCAUCGCCGCUUUCCUCAACGCUAGGACAGUGACCAUAGAGUAGGAAGAUGCACGCGGUGAAGUUUUGGACCAUCUAGGCGGUUGGGAUAGUAGAAAAACAUCGCAGAGAAGUGAUCGUCGAGGGACAGAGAACAAAAAUGGAGGCAGAUACUGAUCGAUUGACGGAGCGGCGAGACUCGCAUGACUCCAGCCCUCGGGCGAACAUGUACAUUGUUUACAUACAAUGCUACUUUGUGACAAUUGCAACUAUUCUGGGUACAGGAAUUCUUGGUCUCCCAGUGACACUAUCUCACUCUGGACUGUACCCAUUCCUGGUGUCCUUUCUCAUAGGAUUUCUUGUACAGUGCUUGCUGGUGUAUUUCUUUGUGGAGAUCCUACAGAGAGCAUAUGCAGCUCAGGAGCAAAUAUCCAAGUGGGGUGGUUGCUUCUGGACAGAGAAAGACCCUCUGUUAUCGAAAUCCAGCAAGAUUCAUCCACUGCAUGUUGUGGCACGGGUGAAGGGGGCGACGUUGAGCCAUGAGCACAUCCCACUUCAGGAGGAGGAGGAUGAAGCUGACGAAAAGGAGAUAACUGAAACAGACGGCAUGCUAGUGGCAGGUCAUGUGAUCCUGCUCGACCAAUCGGCUGUCAGACCGCCAAACCUGCACUUGCUGGGAACGCUAUUCCUGCCCUGCGGCACCAGACAGAUGUUUGAUAUUGUUGUCUUCCUAAACUUCAUCUCAAUCCUGAUCAGCUAUGCCCUGGCUGGAAGCGAGGCCUAUGCUCAGAUGUUUGGAGUCCCACAUUUCUACGUGAUUCCUGGGUUCGUUUGGAUCCUGACCUUUGCCAUUGUGUUCACCCAAACCCUGAUGCAGCCGGUCAUCUCUCUGUUUACACUGGUCAAGGGCAGUCUGCUCAUUGCUACAGUGGUGGUGACUUUCUUUGUCGGAGCUGAGGUAUCCCUGGCCAUCAAGGAUGACUUCAACUACAUCGGAGCACCCUUCCUCAUGGGGACAGUUGCACUUGGAGGAGUUGUGAAUGUAAUGCCGAUGCUGUACCACAAGAUAUCACCAGUUACCACUCAGGUGAAGCACUUUCGAGGAGCAGUGGUAGCCGGGAUCUCUACCUGUACUGUUCUGAAUGUUCUGUGGUGCUGGGCAGUUCUACACAUUGUCCCCCAGUUGCCAUGCAGCCCGAUGUCCAUUGUAGGGAACACUACAGCCUCUCCAACAGUUACUCCAGUCAGUGUAGUGACUACUGUAUCAACCAGUGCUCCAGUCAGUCCAGCAUGUGCACACAACCUCUCACUAGAAAGAUCAGCAGAAAAUGGAGAAAUUGCAACCCUUCCUCUUACAGAAAUAAUCCAGACCAUGCACCCUGAGUUCUCCUGGGUGGCCAUCCUGGUGCAGUUGUUCAUCAUGAUCAGUAUUACUGUCUCCUACCUCACCCUGGGGUCAGCCAUGCACCAUACAGUGGUUGGCUGGGUGGAGGGUUCGUGGAAUGAGCCUGGAAUCUGCAGAUAUGCACCCAUCUUUGAGGGCAUCUCCAAAUGCUGCACUCCCAAAUGUAUCUGCCAGUCACUGAUCUCCAUCUUCAUAUUUGCCAUUGUCUUCACUGUGGCAAUGUUAGACCCACAGGGUUUUGUUCAGAUCCUGGACAGAGGCACGUCACUUUUCAUCAAUCUGGAGUGUGGGAUCUUCAUAUUUCUCAUGGUGCGCAACGCCAGAUCAGGGAACUUCAGUACCCUGGACAUUCCACUGGAAACUCCCUGGCUACUGUACCACCUCCACUGGCUGGUGGCGCUCUACUUUACCUUCGCUGUCGGCUACGACAUCGUAGACUCCAUAUACGUAACAGCCACGUAGUGGUAACGUCAGCGUGUAAAAAAAUAGCCAUGUGAUAUCUGUAAAAAUUAUAUCAACGAGAUCAUAGGAGCUUGUAAUGGUGAUGGUUUAGAUGUGCAAGGUAUGGGUAAGAUUAAUGUUUUAGAAUUCUAUUGACGAUAGAUGUAUAUGAAAUAGUUUAAUGUUGCAUAGAAUGUAUUACUAUUUAGUCUGUAUGGACAAUUACAUAUACCACAGAGACCAAAAUUCUGGAUAAUGCUGCCAUUGUUAAUGUGCAAUACUCUUAUUACGAGACAAGCUGGCCCACUUUGAUGAUAUUCUAUUAAGAUUUAGAGCUUUUUUGGUGACCAGCCCAUUAUGAUAAGUACAGUAUACUAAAGGCUUAGAUCCCAAUUGGAAAAGGGGACCCUGCCAGGCAGUACUCUGGGUUUUUUGGGCACUUUUGGGUGUGACCCCCACGUGGCCCCAUGGGACACCAUGUGGCUCCCAGGCUAUUUUUGGGCCCAGCCGGUGCCAGGUUGAAUUUAAGUCGAAUUUAAAAUAAACCCAGGUCCCAGGGAUUUGAAAUUAACCCAGGGCCCGGUAACUACUAGAUGCCAUGACCUACUCAUGGGGAGCACUGAGGGGUACCCCUUGUAUCCGCCAGUCCACCCAGACAAAUUUGUUGCUUGAGAGCCCAGUUGGUUCUACAUCCCUGACGGGCAACCGUGCAAUUGGGACCUAAGCCAUAGAAGUGUCAUGUGCAGCUUCUGAAAGUACAAUUUGUUCAAAAGUGCAGUAAAAUAGAUCCUUUGAGCUGUAAAUGUUAAGAAAUAUGUUGGUCUUAUAGAAUGUGACGAUUACAAUGUAUAGGCGUGUUGUGAUGCUCUACCUCUUACAUCUGUUGCAGACAUAGAACAUGUGAACUGUGACCUCAGUAUGUUAGAAAUAUAUGUGUAAUAGUGCUCAGUACAUUUGUGAGUUAUUCCUGAUGUUUGUGAAUGUUUUUAAAUGUGCCUUAUUUAAAAUGUUACCACUACCCAAGGACCUGAUUCCACUUAGAAGAGUUGCAUGAGAUAUUGCUACAGUAGAGAUAUUCUUAGGUCUGACAUUUGAUGAUAACAAGCAAAAAUCAUGUCAUAUUAGAUAAAAUAUUAUACAGAAACUAGACAAAGUACAUUGUAUAUAUUCUGAUUGGGCAAUGGCUCAGGUCUGCAUAUGUGCGUGACACAGAUUUAGGGCUGUUUCCAGAACCGUCCCUCCAUUCCAGGAUGUAACUUUGCUUGUUGGGCUGGAAAAAAAUAUUACCCCAUCCGUCUCAGUCUGAACUUCAUGACAUGAAACUGUUGAAAAUCUAUUUUCAUAAGCUUAAAAUGACAUGUUUAACAAGGAAAAUCAACAACAUGGGCUCCUAAACAAUGAGUGGGACAAAAGAUUAUUUUAAAGCUGGAUAGAGCCCUGGUCAGAUUACGUAAGGACAUAACAUUUGGAGAAAAGCCCCAAAACUUUUUAUUGGUAAUACUUUAUAUGCUACUGUCAUUGCUACAGUCAUCCCUGAAGGAGCUUGUUGUUGUGAAGUAAUUUGGAUGUCUACAAGCAUUUUACAUCAAAGUGAAGCUUCACUCUUUCAAAGUAGCCAAUGAAGCCCAAAGUUGAAUUCCCAAACAGCUCCUGUGUUAUAGGUGUGUCUGAUUUCUCUUUUGGCCAACAAUGAGGGAGCAUGAUUCUUCCUUCAUCUUCUUCAGCUAGUUUGAUAUCACUCCUGAUAGUCUGUUAGUACAAUGUACAUUGAUGUGUCAUUUGGCAAGUAGUUUUUGUGACUUCAUCACAGACCUGUUUUUAUGCAAGCUUUUAGAAUAUGAUUAUUGUUUUCCAUGACUUAUUUAAGUACUAUUUAUAAAAAAAAUUACAUUCUUUUGAUUUAUUGUGUGUACAAACUACCAUCAAGGCUAGACCCUCUAAAACUUAUUGUGCAACCAUGUUAUACAGAUCUGACAUGUCAUGUAUGUCAGUUUAUGAAUAGUUGAUCAUUCAAGACUUAGUGUUUAAACAAAUAAGCUUCAAAAUACUUCAGUGUUGAAAUAAAACUGCCAUAAU